GCAGAGUGUUAAGUAGACAUAGACGCCAGAGAGAGUGAGAAGUGAAAGAGAAGAGGAGCGGGUGGUUCCGGUCCUUUAUCUUCUUUAUCCACCUCUUACAAAAACCUUCCUCUUUUCUUCUUCUCCUCCACACGAUUCUCCAACCCACAAAAAUCUCAAAAAUAUAUAAAAAAGAAACAUUCUCUCGCUCGCUCGCUCACUGACUGACUGACUCAUGGCUUCUCUUCAAUCACCAGUAGUCUCCCCGAUUCCGCAACUCGUCAAUGCUACAAGACCGAACUCACUCAAUAAGAAUUUGUUAUUUGUUGAUUUCGUUGGACUCUACUGUAAAUCGAAGAGAACUAGAAGGAGAAUAGGACUUUCUUCGAGUUUCUCUCGAUUUUCAAUUAAAAAGAACUCCAGUCCGGUCCACGCCAUUCUCAGUGUUGACCGUCAAAACAUCUCUCCGCAGUAUCCUCCUCCUCCUGAUUUGAAACCGCAGGUAGCAAACUUGGAGGAUAUAAUAUCAGAAAGAGGAGCAUGUGGAGUUGGAUUUAUUGCGAAUUUGGAAAACAAGCCGUCCCAUGCGAUUGUCAAGGAUGCACUUACGGCUCUUGGUUGUAUGGAACAUCGUGGAGGCUGUGGAGCAGAUAAUGACUCUGGUGAUGGUUCAGGACUGAUGACUUCGAUUCCGUGGGAGUUAUUUGAUAAAUGGGCUGAGAGUGAAGGGAUUGGUUCUUUUGAUAAGUCGCAUACUGGUGUUGGGAUGGUUUUUUUCCCUAAAGAUGAUAACCUCGUGAAAGAAGCCAAAAAAGCAAUUGUAAAUAUUUUUGAACAAGAGGGCCUUGAGGUGCUUGGAUGGAGGUCCGUUCCUGUAAAUACGUCCGUAGUUGGUUUUUAUGCAAAAGAAACCAUGCCCAACAUCCAACAAGUAUUUGUUAAAGUUAUUAAAGAAGAGAAUGUUGACGACAUUGAACGUGAACUGUAUAUCUGCCGGAAGCUGAUUGAAAGGGCGGCGAACUCAGCAAAUUGGGGGAAUGAGCUUUAUUUCUGCUCUUUGUCUAAUCAAACAAUUGUUUAUAAGGGAAUGCUUCGUUCUGAAGUUCUUGGGAUGUUUUAUUCUGACCUUCAGAAUGAUAUCUACAAAUCACCUUUCGCUAUUUAUCAUCGAAGGUAUAGCACAAAUACUAGUCCCAGAUGGCCUCUUGCUCAACCAAUGCGGUUUCUUGGUCAUAAUGGAGAGAUUAACACCAUACAGGGUAACCUGAAUUGGAUGCAAUCUCGAGAAACCUCAUUGAAAUCUUCGGUUUGGCAUGGUCGUGAAAAUGAAAUUCGUCCUUAUGGGAACCCAAAGGCAUCAGAUUCAGCAAAUCUUGACAGUGCAGCCGAACUGUUAAUAAGGAGUGGACGCGCUCCUGAGGAGGCUUUGAUGAUUCUUGUCCCUGAGGCAUAUAAAAAUCAUCCAACUCUGACAAUCAAAUAUCCUGAGGUUGUAGAUUUUUAUGAUUAUUACAAGGGUCAGAUGGAAGCUUGGGAUGGACCUGCUUUACUCUUAUUCAGUGAUGGAAAGACAGUUGGGGCUUGUCUCGAUAGGAAUGGACUCCGUCCUGCUAGAUAUUGGCGGACAGUGGACAAUUUUGUAUAUGUUGCAUCUGAGGUUGGGGUUGUACCAAUGGAUGAAUCAAAAGUAACGAUGAAAGGCCGUCUAGGUCCCGGAAUGAUGAUAGCUGUAGAUUUGCCUGGUGGCCAGGUUUAUGAGAACACCGAAGUAAAAAAGCGAGUAGCACUGUUAAAUCCAUACGGAAAAUGGGUCAAGGAAAACCUGCGAUCCUUGAAGCCUGCAAACUUCCUCUCCGCAACAGUUAUGGACAAUGAAGUAACUUUAAACCGCCAACAGGCAUUCGGCUACUCCAGCGAGGAUGUCCAAAUGGUUAUUGAGAAUAUGGCUUCGCAAGGGAAGGAGCCUACAUUUUGCAUGGGAGAUGAUAUUCCACUGGCGAUAUUGUCUCAAAAGCCGCAUAUGCUUUAUGACUAUUUUAAACAACGGUUUGCACAGGUUACAAAUCCAGCUAUAGACCCUCUCAGAGAAGGAUUAGUUAUGUCUCUUGAAGUCAAUAUUGGAAAGCGAAGAAACAUCUUGGAAGUUGGACCAGAAAAUGCUUCACAGGUUAUCUUGUCUAGUCCUGUACUAAAUGAAGGAGAGCUUGAAUUGUUACUGAAGGAUCCCUACUUAAAACCUCAAGUUUUACCAACCUUUUUUGAUAUACGCAAAGGGGUUGAGGGUUCUUUGGAGAAAACAUUAAUUAAGCUUUGUGAGGCAGCUGAUGAAGCUGUUAGAAAUGGUUCCCAAUUACUUGUUCUCUCCGACCGAUCUGAUGAGCUGGAACCCACUCGGCCUGCAAUUCCAAUUCUUCUUGCUGUUGGUGCUGUUCAUCAGCAUCUUAUUCAGAAUGGUUUGCGAAUGUCAACUUCAAUUGUAGCUGACACUGCUCAGUGCUUUAGCACUCAUCAGUUUGCCUGUUUGAUUGGAUAUGGUGCUAGUGCAAUAUGUCCGUACUUGGCACUGGAAACAUGUCGGCAGUGGCGCCUGAAUAAAAGAACUGUGAAUCUGAUGAUGAAUGGCAAGAUGCCUACUGUAACAAUUGAACAAGCUCAAAAGAAUUUUUGCAAGGCAGUUAAAUCUGGUCUUCUCAAAAUUCUUUCUAAGAUGGGCAUCUCAUUGCUUUCAAGUUAUUGUGGUGCGCAGAUAUUUGAGAUUUAUGGAUUGGGGAAGGAGAUUGUUGAUCUAGCAUUCUGUGGCAGUGUUUCAAAUAUUGGUGGAGCAACUUUUGAUGAGUUGGCAAGGGAGACGUUGUCUUUCUGGGUGAAAGCUUUCUCCCAGGCUACAGCUAAAAGACUGGAAAAUUAUGGAUUUAUACAAUUCAGACCUGGAGGGGAAUAUCAUGGAAACAAUCCAGAGAUGUCAAAGCUGCUUCACAAAGCUGUUCGCCAAAAGAGUGAAAAUGCAUUUUCUAUUUAUCAGCAGCAUUUGUCUAACCGGCCUGUGAAUGUUCUUCGUGAUCUUCUUGAGUUCAAAAGUGAUCGUGCUCCAAUACCCGUGGGAAAGGUUGAACCUGCCACAUCUAUUGUUCAACGGUUUUGCACUGGUGGGAUGUCGCUUGGAGCUAUUUCUAGAGAAACUCAUGAAGCAAUUGCCAUUGCUAUGAACAGAUUAGGUGGAAAAUCUAAUUCAGGGGAAGGUGGUGAGGAUCCUAUUCGCUGGAGCCCACUUACUGAUGUUGUUGAUGGGUACUCUCCUACGUUACCACAUCUUAAAGGUCUUCAAAAUGGUGAUACUGCUACCAGCGCUAUUAAACAGGUUGCUUCAGGACGUUUUGGUGUCACUCCAACAUUCUUGGUCAAUGCUGAUCAGUUAGAAAUCAAAAUUGCACAAGGUGCCAAGCCUGGUGAAGGUGGCCAGUUGCCCGGGAAGAAAGUCAGUGCAUACAUUGCAAGGCUGAGAAAUUCAAAACCUGGGGUUCCGCUUAUAUCUCCACCCCCACACCAUGACAUUUAUUCCAUUGAAGAUCUUGCGCAAUUGAUCUAUGACCUUCAUCAGGUCAAUCCUAAGGCUAAGGUUUCUGUAAAGCUUGUGGCAGAAGCUGGUAUUGGCACAGUUGCAUCUGGGGUAGCAAAGGGUAAUGCUGAUAUUAUACAGAUAUCAGGGCAUGAUGGUGGAACUGGAGCUAGCCCCAUAAGUUCCAUUAAGCAUGCUGGUGGACCUUGGGAACUUGGACUCACAGAAUCCCAUCAGACUCUCAUUGAGAAUGGGCUCAGAGAAAGAGUGAUCCUUAGGGUUGAUGGGGGCUUCAAAAGCGGAGUUGAUGUCAUGAUGGCUGCAGUAAUGGGUGCCGAUGAGUAUGGAUUUGGUUCCGUUGCAAUGAUUGCUACGGGAUGUGUAAUGGCCCGCAUUUGUCACACUAAUAACUGCCCUGUUGGUGUUGCCAGCCAGAGAGAAGAACUACGUGCUCGGUUUCCUGGCAUCCCUGGUGAUCUUGUUAAUUUCUUUUUAUAUGUUGCUGAGGAGAUAAGAGGCAUGCUGGCACAAUUGGGUUAUCAGAAGUUAGAUGAUAUCAUUGGGCAUACAGAUUUGUUAAGACCACGAGAUAUAUCUCUUGUCAAAACUCAGCAUCUUGAUCUCAGUUGUAUCAUGUCGAGUGUAGGCUUACCAAAACUGAGAAGUACUGAUAUCAGGAAUCAAGAUGUUCACACCAAUGGUCCUGUUUUAGAUGAUGUUGUUCUAGCAGAUCCAGAGAUUCUAGAUGCUAUUAAUAAUGAAAAAGUUGUCAAUAAAACCAUAAAAAUAUACAAUGUGGACCGGGCUGUUUGUGGGCGUAUAGCUGGUGUGGUUGCAAAGAAAUAUGGCGACACUGGUUUUGCUGGGCAGCUGAACAUAACGUUUACCGGGAGUGCAGGGCAGUCGUUUGCAUGCUUUUUGACACCUGGAAUGAACAUUCGCCUAAUAGGAGAGGCUAAUGAUUACGUGGGGAAGGGUAUGGCUGGAGGAGAAUUGGUCGUAACUCCUGUGGAGAACACUGGAUUUGUUCCUGAGGAUGCAGCUAUUGUCGGGAAUACUUGCUUGUAUGGGGCUACAGGUGGCCAAGUAUUUGUCAGAGGGAAAGCUGGGGAGCGGUUUGCUGUCAGAAACUCACUUGCUCAAGCUGUAGUUGAAGGCACUGGAGACCAUUGUUGUGAAUACAUGACUGGUGGUUGUGUGGUGGUACUUGGAAAAGUGGGUAGGAAUGUAGCUGCUGGGAUGACUGGAGGUUUGGCUUACAUUCUUGAUGAGGAUGACACUUUGAUGCCCAAGGUAAAUAAAGAGAUAGUGAAGGUCCAAAGAGUAACUGCAUCUGUUGGCCAGAUGCAGCUAAAGAGCCUUAUUGAAGCUCACGUUGAAAAAACCGGGAGCAGCAAAGGCGCAGCUAUCCUGAAGGAGUGGGACACAAAUCUACCACUCUUUUGGCAGCUAGUACCACCCAGUGAAGAAGACACCCCAGAGGCUUGUGCAGCAUACGAGGCAAACAGUGCUGGGCAAGUGACAUCAUUGCAAUCUGCAUAAGAUAGCUCUGCGAGAAAACUCUGGAGGCCGGCCAAUAAAACCCGAAUUUGCAACCCCAACCUGUACAGAUCAAAUAUAAACAAGAUGAACUCUUGACUUGGAAUUCUCCACAUAUUUAUAGGGGAUCCCCGGAAUGCUUGGUAUCCUUGGCGAUGAAGGUUUUGUAAUCGAAGAAAGAUUAACAUCACCCAAGAGCAUCCCAGACAUCCAUUUUCGAGCAUCCAGGUUCCACAUUGUUGCAGAAAUUGUAUAGUGAUUUGUGGCAGAAAAUGUAAAUUCAAGUUAAAAGUUUUUUCACCAUUGUCAAGAUUCUGAUACUUGGCAAUAGAACGUUUGAUUUCAUUUCGCUGGUCAUUGUUUUCUCAAAGUUCAUGAUAAUGAAUUUCCUUUUUUUCC